GGAAAGGUCCUAGGGGGCCACGUCACUGUCCCCGGGCCCGCCCCUCCCGUCUCGGCCCCGGCCGCGCUGGGCACCUGGCUAAGUCCGCCCGGCCCCCGCCAGGGACAGCACAGUCGCCGCCGCCGGUCCGCAGAGCCGCCCGUAGGUGCUGAGGAGCAGGCGCGGCAAGCGCAGAGCCCAGCGGUCCAGGCUCCCCGGAGCAGCCGCGCGUCGAGGCCCCGUCCCCGGGCUGUGAGUCCCGGGCCCCGCGCCCACGGGCCGUCGUCUUCCCCGCACGCGGAGCCGCUCGGUGGAGGCGCAGCAACCAUGUCCAUGGGCCUGGAGAUCACGGGCUCCGCGCUGGCCGCGUUGGGGUGGGUGUGCACCAUCAUCUGCUGCGCGCUGCCCAUGUGGCGCGUGACGGCCUUCAUCGGCAGCACCAUCAUCACGGCGCAGACCACCUGGGAGGGCCUGUGGAUGAACUGCGUGGUGCAGAGCACCGGCCAGAUGCAGUGCAAGGUGUACGACUCGCUGCUGGCACUGCCGCAGGACCUGCAGGCUGCCCGCGCACUCAUCGUCGUCGCUAUCCUGCUGGCCGCCUUUGGGCUCCUCGUGGCGCUCGUGGGCGCCCAGUGCACCAACUGCGUGGAGGACGAGACGGCCAAGGCCAAGAUCACCAUCGCGGCGGGCGUGGUGUUCCUGCUGGCCGCGCUGCUCACCCUGAUCCCGGUGUCCUGGUCGGCCAACUCCAUCAUCCGGGACUUCUACAACCCCUUGGUGCCCGAGGCGCAGAAGCGCGAGCUGGGCGCGGGCCUGUACGUGGGCUGGGCGGCCUCGGCGCUGCUGCUGCUGGGGGGCGGGCUGCUCUGCUGCUCGUGCCCCCCGCGCCAGAAGUACUCGACCUCCAAGAUCGUCUACUCCGCGCCGCGCUCCGUCGGGCCGGGCACUGGCACAAGCGCCGCCUACGACCGCCGGGACUACGUGUGAGCCGGCAGGGGAGGCCGAGCGCCCUGCACGCCGGGCAGCUUCUUGCUGGACUGGGAGACCGGCCCUGCUCCCCGCUUCUCCGUCCGCCACCCCGUGGCGGGCCAGGUAGCCGAAGGAACCGAACCACAUGGACAUCGAGACCUCGCCCUUCUCCAGCCAGGGCUUGGAGUGGCCACCAGCUACUUGCCAGCCGCCUCGGGCCUUGGCCCCCGAGCCCGCGGUGGGCAGGGACUGCAUCCUUGAAAAAGGCCAUUUCGUAUUUUGCAAUAAAAGCCUUUUUUUUUUUUUUUUUUUU